CAUGGAAUGCUACAGUCCAGCAGUAAGUAGUGCUUCUCCGAACUUCAAGGCUUUAACCCUUUUGAGACUAGUUUUGGCGGUCCAUGAGCUUCCUGGCUCGUUUGGACCAAUCUACGAGCAUGAACUUGUAACAUCAAUCAAUCAAGGCUUUAAUGGGACUGCAUGGACUCGAACCCAAGUUUAAAUGCGCAUGCUCAUUCGCGUCCUCAUGGCGGGGGGAGGGGGCAGUUGUGCAUGUGUGUCACUGAGGCACGGGCAUAUUGUCAGACGGCGUCUGCGAGGCCCGCCACACCAAUGCAAUAUUAUCAUAUCUUAUGAUAUAAGUGAUAUUUGUGAAGCCUGCUGCAUCCGCGUUGAUACCAAUAACAAAUGCAAAUGCAAAAGUAAACGAAUACUUGCUUGGUGAUGUUACCUUCGCCGUGUGGCCGAAAUAUGGCGUCUGCGAGGACAAUCAUGUGGCUGCGACUCACACCAGAGCUAAAGCAGCACAUCGCGAGCUACUUGCCGGAAAAUGACGCCGCUGCAAACCUCAAGCUAGCCGACCGCGACACCGCUGCUGCCCUGCGUGGCUUGUAUUGCAACAUCACGUUGUCAGAGCAGCAGGAAUCUGAGUGGGUGCCCCGCGUUUGCAAGCCUUGGCCCUCGGCCGACUUCGUGGCGCACUGGGGUCGCCCCGAGCCCUGGCGCGCGCUCACGCUCCCCCAGCGCCAGCGGCUGCUGUGCCUGGCCGCGUCCUCGGGCCACGCUCCCAGCCUUGAUGCAGCCAUAGCGAACUGCGGCUGCAUGCUCACACCCAACGCGCUGACAGCCGCCGCGGCCGCCGGCAACCUGGCAGGCUGCGAGCGACUGCUCGCCAGCCACUGCGAGUGCAGCGCCGCAGCGCGGAACGCUGCGGUGAUGGCCGGCCACCUCCAGCUGUUGCAGCUGCUCCUAGAGUCGGCUCCCAAAUAUCUGAUAGUGCAAACUCUGGACGAGCUCGCGAGAACAGCGUGCAUGUACGGUCAGGCCCACAUCCUGACCUGGCUUCGGCGGGCGCGCGGCUUCAAACCGCACUUUUACCAUGCAAUGGCGGCCGCCAGAGGGGGACAUGUUCGGCUGUUUGAGGAGCUCGUGCCUGACCGGCUCGUGAUGGACUGCGGCCUAAGGGUGCCAGUGGUGGAGGCGGCGGCGGGCGAUGCCACAGGGCAAGCGGUCCCGGAGGAGCAGCGACCGGUGCAAGGGGAUCGUGUGGGGGACUCGUCGGACGCCGCCGCCCAAGAGGGCCCGGCUCUGGUCCUUGAGCGCUGGCGCGUGCUCGACGCUCUCGUGCUGGGCUGUCCGGUGGAAGUGGUGCGGCGCUACCACCACCGCCUGUGGUCGCCGCCGCCGGAGCAGGUGGCGGCGGCGGUGGCAGCGGCUGAGGCGGAGGCGGCGGCGGCGGCGGCUGCCGCCAUGCCAGGCGGGAGGCAGGCUGCAGCGGCGGCGGCUACGGUUGUACGGCACACCGAAUCUUCAGUGAUCACGUGGCUACAUCUUGCCAGGCAGCUGUUUGCGUCGGCCCUCCGCAGCCGCACGCCCUGUUGGGCUGCCAAGGUGCAGUACCUGUUGGGCGCCUGGGGCCCGGUGGUGGCGGGGCAGGUGCUGGGCGGCAAGGAGGUGGUGGUGGCGGGACCCACAGGGGCGGUGCUGUGGCGCGGCGAGCGGGGCCGAGAGGUGGCGCUGGCGGCGGCCGUGCACCACCCCGAGAUCCUGCUUCGCUUCCGGCACGCCCACGCCGAUGGGCUGGCCAGCCGCCACUCCGACGCAGUGCGCGGGGUACUGCAGCGCGGCGACGCGGCGGCGCUGGCGUACCUGUGGGACGUGUGCGGCGUGGCGGCAAGGCUGGGUGACACGUGGGACCCAUUGGUCGUGCGCGACGCGUACCUGGGGUGGGGGCACGUGGCGGUGCUGCAGCUGCUGCAGGAGCGGGGGUACGGCUUCACGGCUGCUGACGUGGAGCGCGAGGCGUGGGGGCAAGGCACGAGUACGGGUAUGUGCUGCGGCUUUGAUAUGGGCAUGGGGUACAGCAGCAGCAGCGACUGCCACAGCCGCGCGGAUGCGGCGUUGGUGUGGCUGACGCAGGUAGCCGCGCCCUGCGGCGCCGGUGCGGGUGCAGGCGGCGGCGGCGGCGCAGGUGCCGGUGCCGGUGCCGGUGCCGGUGCCGGUGCCGGUGCCGGUGCCGGUGCCGGUGCCGGUGCCGGUGCCGGUGCCGAGGCUGGUGCCGGUGCAGGUGCGGGUGCCGGUGCAGGUGCAAGUGCUAGUGACAGUGGCACCGGCACCGGCACCGGUGUAAGAGGAGAACGGCAUUGCUGGUCAGCAGCCUUCAGGCACGCGGCGAGGCGCGGGGCUACCCUGCCGGUUCUGAAGGCGCUGCGGGCGCGCGGCGCUGCCAUUAGCUUGGCAGCGGUGGCGUGUGGCGGCAGCGAGGAGACGCUGGAGUGGGCGGUGGCGGAGCUGGCAGCGGAGCGAGGCUGCAGGCCAAGGGCGCUGCGCGGAGAUGCCGCCGUGUCGCUGAUGGACGGACCCAACGCCGCCACCCGGGACUGGCUGCUGCGUGAGGGGCUGCUGAGAACGGCGGGGCCGUGGGAGGAGGCGGCAAGUGAGGAGGAAGGAGAGUAGGAGGAAGGCGAAUGCGUGCUGGUUGCCAGCUGUGCUUUUGUUGCCACCUGACGUGCGCAGGCUGCUUGGGUUGCUUGCAAGCGGGACCUGACGACGUGACCGGCAAAAGGUGGCAUCGAGUUGUGCCGUAUGUGUUGAUGCGGGCCACGACUCACGGCAUAAUUACGACCCACGACAUAGUCCAAAUUCACGAUAGAUGUAGUCAUGAGCCCGUGGCGUGCCCUUGUGUUGACUGGCCUUUCUAGGGCGGUGGGCCCCCGGGUGGGUCCCACGGACCGCUGCGCCCGAUGGCGCUAGUGUCAGACUAGUCGAACUCUCUGCAUGGUGUGCGUGGGCUGCGGUAGAAUUGUAGGAAGCGUAGAAGGUAGAAACCUGAUGGCAGGAAGUGGGGGUGGCUGCUAGGAACAUGGAUGGUAAAAGCCUAAUGGUAGGACAUGGGGGUGGCUGCACGGGUGGCGGCUAGGAACCGAGUACCGUUAGUCGGGGCAGCUCUUGCGGCUGGUAGCGGUUGGGAGGUGCAGCGGCUGGGCACUGUACGGGUGGUGUGUGACGAACCAAGACGUGCGUGUCACUGUGCCACCAACAUGGGAUGGGGCUAGGCAUCGACGGUUCUUUCAAUGAUGACAGUGCGAAGCCGAGAAAGGCAUGUGUAGGGAUGACAUCGGGCGGAAUGGGGCGUGGCUGCGGGGGUGCUGGACUGGCCGAGAGCCCCUGAUGACCCGUGUGGCUGUGAGGGGUGCACUGCGUUACGUAAUGAUUUGAAGGGUUUGCAGUCCCGCUUCCUUUGUGAUGAAGAACGGGGAGGGGGGCGGUGUUACUGCAUAUAAGAACGUUAGGGCACGCGACGGAAUACUGGUACCUGACUGCGGACGUGUGUGCGAUGGGACAGGGGCAUGUCGGCGUAUGGGUAGUCCCGUAGUCCCGUAGUGUGCAGCGUAUUCCGAGGCCCUAACAAUCAAUUUGCAACGUCAAGGCAAGAUUGCGUGGCUGGUAUAACACAGGAAUAACUGUACCGUAUUGAGACAUCGCUGACUUGCUGGCAGGCUGGUAUGGUAGUUUGCUGACGCACAUUCGGACGCUGCGGCCGUGUGUGGGACACGUGUGCGGGUCUGCGGGAGCGAAUGCACAUGUGUGCCCAUGGCGGCAUGGCCGCCGCACCAAUGGUGAGCUGCGGGGUGGCUGGGCCGCACAGGUCGAUAGUUUCCUGUAAAUCAUUUACAGC